AUGCUCGCUUCGUCGCAUGUUUCCGACCCCGAGCUCAUCGUCGAAGAAGUACACAGGAGAAUAAACGAGUCUAUAUCAAGAAGGAACCUAGGUUUCUUCUCAUGUGGGACCGGUAAUCCAAUCGAUGAUUGUUGGCGAUGCGACAAGGAUUGGGAGAAAAACCGAAAACGGUUAGCCGAUUGCGGAAUUGGUUUUGGCAAAAACGCAAUUGGUGGACGUGACGGCGAAAUCUACGUUGUCACGGAUCCAGGAAACGACGAUCCAGUAAACCCUAAACCCGGAACACUAAGAUACGCAGUAAUUCAAGAUGAACCGCUCUGGAUCAUAUUUAACCGCGACAUGACGAUCCAACUCAAAGAAGAACUCAUAAUGAAUUCUUUCAAAACCCUAGACGGACGAGGAGCCUCCGUACACAUCUCCGGUGGUCCAUGUAUAACAAUACAAUACGUAACCAACAUCAUCAUUCAUGGUUUACACAUACAUGAUUGUAAGCAAGGUGGGAAUACUUACGUACGAGAUUCACCAGAGCACUUCGGGUACAGAACGAUAUCGGACGGUGAUGGUGUGUCGAUCUUCGGUGGAAGCCACGUGUGGGUUGAUCAUUGCUCGCUCUCGAAUUGUAACGAUGGAUUGAUUGAUGCGAUACGUGGAUCAACGGCUAUAACGAUAUCUAAUAACUAUUUGACGCAUCACAAUAAGGUUAUGUUAUUGGGACAUAGCGAUACGUAUGAACAAGACAAGAAUAUGCAAGUCACUAUCGCUUUUAACCAUUUCGGAGAAGGCCUCGUCCAAAGAAUGCCAAGGUGUAGACAUGGAUAUUUCCAUGUGGUGAACAAUGACUAUACACAUUGGGAAAUGUAUGCAAUUGGAGGAAGUGCUAAUCCUACCAUCAACUCUCAAGGCAACCGUUAUCUUGCUCCUGAUGACUCUUUUAGCAAAGAGGUAACAAAGCACGAGGAUGCGCCCGAAAGCGAAUGGAGUCAUUGGAAUUGGAGAUCCGAAGGAGAUCUACUGCUUAACGGUGCAUUCUUUAGGCUUUCUGGCGCUGGACCAGCUAAAUCGUCAAGCUAUUCGAAAGCGUCGAGCCUAGCCGCUCGACCGUCCUCUCAUGUUGGUGAGAUAACUGUAGCAUCGGGUGCACUCAGCUGCAAAAAGGGUUCCCAUUGCUGA